GUACCGACGUCCGGUAUACUAGUCCACAUUUUUGGCGGCAGCCGCCCAGUCUAAGGUCCAAUCCCCGAACCGAACGGUCAUCCGAAAUACUUAGCGAACGAGUGUGGUUAGCAGUUCAGUAGAGCGGCAAAAUGGACGCGCGCUUCAGAAGCAAUCUCGACAUGAUUGGGCGCAACGAGCCCAUCACAAGGAAGGCCAAAUUCUGGCAAAGUUACGUCCGAGCCUUGAAAGGCACCGAUGACAUCAGAGCUCCGGAACACACGCACAGACCCCGCAGUAUUUUCCGCUCGGAUUAUCCUGAGCUGCAUUCCUCGUGGCCUUUUGGAAAAUCCAUCUUUGAAAACCCACUCCACGCAGCUGAUCGCAUCAACCUUCCUGGAUACAGGUACCUGCCCGUCCACCGUGAGAUCUACGGUUACUCACCUAGGCAGAUCUACCCGCAUCAAUACAAACCUGUAGAACGCUUCACCCCCGCGAAACCGUUCGACCCUGAGAAAGCUUGGACCGACCAUCUGAACCGCUUGGCAGACAUCGACAGGCUGUAUCCGAGCAAAACUCCUUUGCUCGCUCGGCAUAUAAGCCCUCCGCUCAGUACGAAACGAUUGUUCGACAUCCACGGUAAUUUGCUGAACGACUGGGACUACUUACCUACCCUGCUACGUAGAAAACCGCUGUUCGACCUUCUGGAACCAUCACCCAUGGCACCCGUCAGUGCUUUCACCAGAGACCCAUGGUGGUACCCAGCCUUUGCUCCUUAUAUUCCGAGCUAUGCUCAAAGGAGCACCCCGUUCUACCUGAGGGACAGUUAUCUUAGCCCUGUGAAACGUAGCUAUCUAUGGAGCCGACAUCCCAUCAGGCCUUUCGCCGCCUACUGAUGACCGUGUCACCCAGCAUGGAACGCGUGAUACGAAAAAAACCGAUGAAAAAAUAAAGCCACGAAAAAAAAGAAAUGAAAGAAUAUUUGCAACGUAUCCCAAGCAAUUAUUCGAUACCUAUUGUCUGAUUAUAUUUCUCGCAGCGCGUAUCAUCGUCCACGGAGUUCUAUUUAUUAACAAUGUUUCUCGUCACCAUGGUUUAUUGUACUGUUCGUUCGUUCUGUCUACGAAUAAAAUAAACACUGCCCAAAUUUUACUACAAGAUGUUUUUCUUUUUAACUGAAAAUGAACAGGUUUGUACAACAAUAUGCAUGUUUAUUAUCUGAAAGUUUUACAUCUUUAGGAUGUCAUUGCAUUGCCGUGUUCCGUCGAGAUUCGAUCGAUCUUUGACCCCUACGUUUUACACCUGAACGUCGAAUCACGACUGAUCCGUCAUUUACAAAUAUAAUAUCUGUGUAUAUAAUUUACGAGUUUCGGACAAAACGCAUACCGAGGGAUCACAACCGCUUCUUUUUUAUUAAACUUAUAUCAGAGGGAAGAAGGGGAUGAAAAUGGCGGGAAGAAUGUGGCCGUUUUUUUCUAACAACCUUCUUUGCAGAGAUUACUUAAACACGGAAGAACAAAUUACACUCGUCUAUCAAUUAACAAUACAGUAAACAAAGAUUGACAAUGGUUCGCAUUUAAAAUAAUUUCCUUGGGAAACGCAAAUUACAUUUAAUCACUGGUCGCUUUUUUAUCGUUUAACGAUACGAAGUUGAUUAUUUCACUUUCAGAUAAUACUCGUGAUGCUCUCGCUUCUUGAACUAAUAGUAAAUUUACGAUACAGUGCGAUCUAAGAUAAUUUUUUUCUCUUUUAAUCAUUGUAUUGUUUCUUUUUUUUUUUUUGUCUUUUUGAUAUAUAUGUAUAUAUAUACGCACACGCAUAUAUACAUAUAUAUGUACAUAUAUCUUUGUAAACUCGCUUAAGUUCUAUACAGGUCAGUAUUCAAGUUUUGUUUUUGAUACUUUCUAGUACGCGUUACUUUUAAUUAUGCCAACUACUUUGCACAAUUUAUUAUUCAGCAGAAUGUUUUUCUUUAAAUGAAUAAAAAUAAAUGCUUUGCAAAAUAUUGCCAUGUUACUAAAGCGUGUAUUCAAAAUUAAAUGCUGCACAAUGCUUGAUGGAUGAUUAAAUGACGUUCGCAAAUGAUAAACGAAUCUGAAAGUGAAAUAGUUCUUAGAAGUGACAAUCUGAGUGCAUUGUAUCCGAUAGAAAGAGAUUUGAGUAAUUUGGUAUUUUUUAUAUCAACCUCUUAAUCUGCAUUUGAAAUAAUUAUUCGAAUCCUCUCCUUACGAUGAAUAAAAAGACAAUAAUGUAAUCUGCAUAGAAUUAUCUUAAAAAUACUGGUUCUCUGUUCCUCUCUGAUUUUUCAUUCUUAGAGAAUAAACGGUUUAGUAUUUCUACAACGUAUGUUGGAACGUGCUGUCAAUAUUUAUAGAACAUUAAAAAGUAAAAUAUCGAAGAUCGUAUGAACAUGAGAUGACAAAACAGAAG